AUGAUGCGUGAAUUAGAACCAUACAUGAAGGCCAAUGCAGCCAUACCUCAAUCAUCUUUCUGCACCAUCCCAGAAUCUAUCAUACGCCUACCUACACCUGAAGGCGAAAAAGUCUAUCGCAGGCAAUAUCCAUUACCCAUAGCCUUAGAAACCAUCAUUGACGACGCAGUUAACACAUGGCUACAAAAUGGUACCAUCAUACGUGCUAGCAUUGAUAACGGGUGGAAUUCCCCACUUACUCUUGCCGAUAAAAAAGACGCGUCCGGCAAAAAGACAGGCAAAAGACCAUGCUUAGAUCCACGCCUCAUUAACCAAUUACUACCUGACGAUCGUUAUCCUCUUCCAUUGAUUAAACAAAUCUUCCAUCGCUUACAUGGUUCCACGAUUUAUACCACACUUGAUCUGAAAAAUGCCUUUCAUCGCUUUCGUAUUCAUCCAGACGAUCAGCACAAAACCACUUUUACUCAUCGCAAUAUACAAUACAUGUUCCAAGGGUGCCCCUUUGGGCUCAAACCUCUAUCAUCCAAAUUUCAACGUGUCAUGACAUACAUUUUUAAAGACAUGCCUUUCGUCGAAACCUUCGUUGACGAUAUCGUUAUUCACUCCAUCACAUUUAAUGAACACGUUCAGCACAUCAAACAAGCCAUCUCUGCACUCACAAAAGUGAAUCUUAUUCUCAACCCGGCCAAAUGCCAUUUUGCACAGCACACCGUAUACCUACUUGGCUUUACUAUUUCAGCCAAAGGCAAAAGACCUGAUCCACGUAAAAUUGAACAUGUAUUACAAUGGCCUACACCUUGUACAGGCAAAGACAUCCAAAGCUUCCUAGGCAUUGUCAAUUAUUUUCGGGAUCACAUACCCAAAAUUGCUCAACUUAAUGCUCCACUCGAACGCCUACGCAAUGAAAACUCACUUCAGGGCAAAUGGACAGCCGAACAUGAUAAGCACUUUUCAUUGCUAAAAAAGAUCCUAUCUUCUGAUCUCAUUUUACAUCAUCCUGAUUUACGGCAUCCAUUCUAUAUUGCCACCGAUGCCUCAAACACCGGCAUUGGCGCUGUUCUUUUCCAAAUCGUUGACAAUGACAAACGCUACAUUGAAUUUGCUGCUCGAGCUUUAUCAACCUCUGAAAGAAAUUACUCUACCACGCGACGCGAACUUCUCGCUAUUGUCUUUGCAUUACGUCGUUUUCAUCACUUUGUAUGGGGAAACCCAUUUACUUUGUAUACGGAUCAUCGUUCUCUCACACACUUGUUCACUCAGCCUAUCGCCAAUUCUAUGAUGAUUAAUUGGUUUGACACUCUUCUUGAUUACACAUUCAAUGUCAUUCAUUUACCUGGCACUGAGAACAUCCUACCCGAUCAUCUCUCUCGCCUUUUUGAAGGUAACACCAAAAGGCUGGAGGGGGAUAUGGCAUAUAAGCCAACUAAGUUAAGCGAUGCAACACGUGAAAGGAUCACCUCCGAAAGGUAUGCAUCCAAAACACAACGUGUUUUCCGCGUACACAAAAUAGAAAACAGUGACAAUGAACGCAUGACUGCACCAAUUGAAGAACGCAACUCAAUACUAGAAAGAUCCCAUUUAUUCGGCCACAUUGGAGCUGAAGCCAUGGUCAAAGACAUACAUCAUAACCAAGGUUAUCAUUGGACAAACAUCUUGCAUGAUGCAGUAGACUAUGUAAAGAAAUGUCAAACAUGCCAAAGAAACAACAUCAGCAAACGAGGAUACCACCCUCUAAGACCAAUCUACGCAUACUUACCAGGCGAUCAUUGGGCUAUGGACCUUGCUGGUGAAUUUGAGGAAUCAGAGAAUCAUAACAAAUUCCUAUUAAUAUUGGUCGAUGUAUGCACCAGAUUCUGCCUAUUAAGGCCUAUACCAAACAAAGAAGCUAAGACCAUUGCUAAAGAACUAGUCAAAGUGUUCUCAGACUUUGGAUACCCACGCAUCAUACAAUCCGAUAACGGUGCUGAAUUCAAAAACCAGUUACUCAAAGAAGUACUCGAUAACAUUGGUGUCGAUCACCGACUUAGCACACCGUAUCAUCCACAAGCCAAUGGGCUAGCUGAACGAUGGGUACAAUCUGCCGUCAUGAUCAUACGUAAAUCAGUGGAUGGCACCAGCAAAGACUGGGAUUACUUUGUACCAGCCACACAAUUGGCAUUGAAUAACAAAAUAUCCAAGCGUCUAAACACGCCACCAUUCACAUUGAUGUUCGCAAGGAAGCUAAAUCCUUUUCGCGACUACAGGAAUGAGAAAUCGUUCAAGCCUAUGUCACAGGCACAGCUCUUAGAAAACAUCGAGCACAUGAUAAACAUUGUGUUUCCCGCUAUAAAAGCGCGCACAGACUCCGUGAUACAACAACAAAAGGAGCAAUUUGACAACACACAUAACAUCACAAACUUUACACCUGGAGAUCAUGUCAUGGUCAAGAUACCUACGCGUACAGGCAAGCUAACACCGGUAUACGAAGGCCCUUACAGGGUAUUACGUAAAAAUAAUGGAGGUGCAUAUGAAUUGCAAGAUGAAACGGGUGAAUUACUCCCUCGCAAUUACACGCCUUCUGAGCUCAAAUUGGUCGAUCAAGAUGAAUUGAUCCCUGCAGAUGAGCUUUAUGAAGUAGAAUCCAUUAUCAAUCACCGUGGCAAAGCCGGCAAUCGCGAAUACCUAGUCCGAUGGAAAGGAUACGGACCACAAGAUGACUCCUGGUUAACACCUGACAAGUUUUCCUACGACAAGACUAUCAAGAAGUAUUGGGAACGAAGAAAAAUUCACUCCACGAAUAACGACCUUCCAGCAUCAACAAGAAAACGUAAACGUGCAGCAACCAAUGUAGACAUGGACAAGCCACCACGCCGCAGCAAGCGAUCACAGCAAGCUUAA